UUGAGCUGAGACUAAGGCCACACAUCCCCCUGUCUCCCACUCCUUCCUGCUGUCCUCUCUCCAUCUGUCUCCAUCUGUACACCGCUCAUAGCCACAGUUGCUUCGCGGAAUUAUAUUUAUUUGCCUUGCGGAAUUAACACGGAAUUAAAAUUAAAAAAUAGCCACACAUAUUGAGUAAGAGGGGCUCCUUGUUCUGCAGGUGGGAUGGUAUUGGGAAAACAACCGCCGAAAUUUGGCCUCAGAAAACAGCAAGCGGUUAGUCUUACCUUCUUUUCCAUUAUCAGUGAAACAAUAAAAAUUCUCAUAUCGAGCUGAAACUGAGCACACAUAUUCAGCUCUUCAUUCUGCAGGUUGGGCGGGAGGGAGAACGACAUGUGAAGUUGCGCGUCAGAAAGCACCAUGAAGUUAGUCUUACCUUAUCCAUGUUCAGUGAAAUAAAUGAUCCUAUUGAGUUGAAACUAAGCACACACAUUUAGUAAAAGGGGGAAUAUGUUUAAUAGAAUGAAAAGAAAGAAAAAAUAAUGGAAAUGUGAGCCAGGCUAAUGCCGGCUUCCUAUUCCGAAAAAGAAAAUCUCGAAAUAAACUAAAAAAUAAGGAAAAAAGAAACAAAAACAGUUAGUGUAGUACAGGCACGACAUGGCACGAUAAAGCCCAGUCAGAGGGCAGACGCAAGGCCCGAGUCUUUCAGGAAGCUGAGCAGAGCUGUGGUGACGGCCCCACUGGGUAGGCCGAGGGACGGGACCAAGGAGGGUGGCCAUAGACAUUGUGUCUAUGGCCACCCAUCUUUAGUUGUUGCUGUGUUGCAGUAAAAGGGGCUCCCUGUUCUGCAGGUGAAAUGGUACAGGAAAAACAACCGCGGCAAUUUGGCCUCAGAAAACACCAAGAGGUAGAGCGAGACGGGGAACGACCAGCGAAAUUGAGCAUCAGAAAACACCCAGAGCUUAGUCUUACCUUCAUUUCCAUGUGGAAUGGUACAGGAAAAACAACCGCGGCAAUUUGGCCUCAGAAAACACCAAGAGGUGGAGCGAGACGGAGAACGACUGGCGAAAUUGAGCAUCAGAAAACACAAAGAGUAAAAUUGGAAUGGUACAGGAAAAACAACCGUGGCAAUUUGGCAUCAGAAAACGCCAAGAGGUGGAGCGAGACAGAGAACGACUGGCGAAAUUGA